AUGCCACUACGCCACCAGCCCCACUAUGUGAGGCAAGUGAAAACCAAGAAGAACAAGGGCAACAGGAUGGAUUUAGGGUUUUUACAAUUUGAGUUAGACUAUUACCCAGUCACCAUCUACCAGUUUAUGAGUGUCCCACUUGCACUUAUGUUCUACUGCCUCUCCAUCACCGGACGCCUUCCUUUGACUGCAAGAUAUAUAUUCCUUAUGUUCGGAGGACUUCUAAUGGCAAUUGUUUCCAUGGGAUUUUAUGCAGUUCUGGUGCUCAUACCUUCAGUUCUCUCCAUGGUAUUCAUACUCUCUCUGGAGCCCAGAAUUAUUCACAAAUGGACCUUCCUCACUCAGAUGGGAUGGCAAACACUGUGUCAUCUCUGGCUACACUAUAAAGACUACUAUCUACAAGAAGCAACAGAUAUUAAGUUCAUAAUAGCGCUGUCAUCUCUGAUGCUGUUAACACAAAGAGUAACAUCAAUGUCAAUGGACAUUCAUGAAGGUGAAAUCAAGAUUCCAGCUCGAAUUAUGCAGCAAAAUGGCCUUGGCUCUGAAAUUCUCUACUGUUCAUUACCAUACUUCAGCUACAUGCUAUAUUUUCCUGCACUACUUGGAGGACCUCUGUGUUCUUUUCAAAUGUUCAGGAUUCACAUAGAAAAUCUUAAAGAGUCUGGUCACAAAUGCAUCGCCAAACCUUUGUGGUCAUUUUUUAAAAAGUGUGUCUUAUUUUUUCUGUUGAAUAUGCUGAGAAUAUCUGUAAGAAACUGUAUUAGUGUUAUAGAGCAAAGCAACCAAGGAUCCCUUCAAUGGGGUGUUCCUAAGGAUAUUUUAUUGAUUUGGAUUACAGCUUUGAUGUUCAGAUUAGCAUAUUACUCUCAAUGGCUUCUUAGUGAAUCUCUUAACAAUUUAGUUGGCCUGGGAUUAGAUAACGGCAGGACUGGAAAAGCUACUCUUUCCGAUGCUGAUAUCUGGACGCUUGAGACAACCAGUAAGAUAUCCGAGAUUGCUCGAACAUGGAACAAAACCACAGCUGGUUGGCUAAGGAGGAUGGUGUUUCAACACAGCAAAGUUCAGCCUCUGAUGUCAACAUUUGCUUUUUCAGCUUGGUGGCAUGGCCUUCACCCUGCCCAGAUCUUUGGAUUUAUCUUGUGGGCUGCAACUGUAAAAGCAGACUAUCAUGUUCACCGAUAUAUGGGCUCAGUUACUGCGGGAUCAAGAGUCCUGAGAAUAUUAUAUAAAGUCCUGACAUGGAUGCAAACUCAACUGGUAAUUGCGUACAUUUUGGUAGCUGUGGAACUGCGGAGUUUUUCUUGUGUGUUGGUGCUGUGCAAGUCCGUUUGCACUGUCUGCCCAUUACUAUAUGUACUGGUACUAAUAGGAAUGCCAAACAAGCCAAGCAAAAAUUAA